UUUAUACGCGUUGUUUGUGCGUACUUUCCGCGCAUGCUCGAUGGUUGUGUAUUUUUCAUAUUUUGACAGGUAUUGUAACAGUUCUUCUUGUUUUUGUUAAAUAUCGCAUAUAUUUCGUCAUGCCUGUUAUGCCAUUAUGGCCGAAUUUGCAACCCAGAGCGACAGAUCCUCUUUGGUUUAAUGCGGACAGGCCAUGCGACGACGAGAGCGAGGUAGCUGCUCUUGAAGCGGAACAUCAAGCAUGGAGAGAACAUGUUCGAGUGCAAGGGUACGAUCAUAUUCCGAUUGGCAAAACUGUUAGUGAAUUUAGGGGAUCAAUAGAAGAGGAGGAAGAGGAAGAAGAGGAAGAAGGCGAAGGAGAAGAGGAAGAGGAAUCAGACACCCAUGAAGAGGAGGAAGAAGAAUUGGAUGAAAUCGAUAUGGAAGUGAGCUAUUCACACCAACAACAGAGAUCAAGUCCAACGGACACUGUGACCGAUCCAGUGUCCAUCAGAAUGGAAUUUUAAACACUGCUACAUUAUGAAAACACGAUGAAUUCAGCUGCUCAAGCAUUCCCAUCGCUAGUACAAGCGUCAUUAUUAUGAAUAGUCAGCGUUUUCGAUUCACCGUGUGUUCGGUCAAGGACCCCGCCAACAUUCGAUCCAACGAGGCGAGCCGGACAACGGAAAUUCUGCGUCACCGAAAAAUUACGCGAAACAAGAAACGUGGACGCUGAAAAUUUGUGUAACGGCGUCAACGGAAAACAUGGCAACGAGUGAAAAAGAAGAGUACUCUGGGGGAUUUAUUUCUAGUGAAUGAAUCAACCAUUUUUUAAAAAUAUCUAGUACAUGUUUAUAGAAUGCUUUAACAAUGUUUUAUAAGUAUCGAUCUAGUAUGUCUAGUAAAGAACUUCCCGCACCCCGAGAUAAGCUGUUGGAUAGGUAAACAUUUAUGUUCUAAACAAUCUGUUAACCACGUGUGACUCUGAAAUCACCUAUCUAUUAUUUACUUUACACAUAAUUGAACAUAAUUUGAAUUGUGCAGAUCGAAAAUUCGAAGAUCGUACAGUUUUGAAAAUAUCUAGCGGUCCAGUUUGAGAAACAUGGUCUCGUUUCUACUCGUCUGUCGAUGGGACACGUUCCGCGAAAACUACCAGCUACGUCAAUUCUUGGUCUAUUUGAAUGAAAUUUUCUGAGUAUACCAUUGAAAUCCAAGUUUUUCAGAUAAUGUAAAAAGAAGCUCGAUUCUUUUAAAAGCUGUUACCACGGCGGUCUCUAUGAUGUACGAACGCUUGGCAUAAAUCAGAUGCCGCGAAGUGGAGUUUUCAACGUACUUUGGUGCAGGAAAUUUCGUUUGGCGUCGCGUGGAUAUCGUAAGGUCGGUAUCGAAGUAUAAAAUUUCCUUCAAAGACCGAUCCAUGGCUCGUCGAAAGCGAUCGAAUACACAAGGGCUUGGCCCCUGUCCCUUUCUCUCCCAGUGUCUCGAUCUUUCUCUUUGGAGAACGGGGCAAGUCGGUACCCCGCCUCGCUCGUAAAGGGCCAUGGAACCGCAUCAUGCUCGACCGGGACACUCUCUGUACACUCCGUAUACCCACCUAUACUAGGUGUAAGUACACGCGAGAAUGUAUUAUAUACCUAUAUACAGCGCCGGCUCUCUCGGCGUGUAACUGAAGUAAAGCCAGGUUGGUGCCCCCGCUAGGGUGAACGAACGGGUACGCUCAGGCAAAAGCGAACCCGUGCGCCUCCUCCACCUCCUCCUUCUCUUUCUCCGCCACCUCCUCCUCUAUGCAACGACCUCCGUCUCCUCCUCGGCUGAGAGAUCCUCGCCACUGAUGUCACAGCGGAAUUGCAAAUUUUUUUCCCCGAAUACUGUCGUCCGUUAGGGAGAGCAAAACGCGACCAACGACACACCGGUGUGUUGUGGUGAAAUUUUUAUCGAACCCGUCCAACGACAGCUACCAAGUCAUUUUCGCGAUUUUUCCUCGGACACGGUCCGCGAACCUCGAACGUUGCGCGGGUCGAACAUAGGGAUGAGCAUAGUAUCGAUGCUUGUUAGAGACGAGUUGCCAAAAUCGCGUAACAAUUAAGCCAUUUUAUUUUGUAUUUGUUACGUAAUAGUAAUUUGUACGCGAAUUAAUGUUGCAACUUGUAGCUUGAACAUAGAGGCCAACGUACACUGGAGAAUCAUAGAUAAUGUAAAUAUGGUUGAUAUUAUAAGCUUCACUCUUGGGACAAUAACAAAUUUUCUGUUCUUUUUUCGUCUUCCAUAACUUUCGUGAACUCCCAAUAUACAUUUUAAACAGCGGAUCAUGUUUUCCGCAUGUGUCACAUAAUGUAUGCGAUAAGCUGGAUUUGUGGUAGCGAACAUGUUCAGCUCGAGUUCAUAAAUUUUACUGGAUUUAAGCUUUAUAAUAAUUGUAUUCUGUGCACAAAGUGUAUGUGAAAUAUUCGAAAAUUAACUCAGUUUCAUAAACAUACACGAGUGUAAAAUAAAACACGAAGUUUAAAUAU